AUGUUUCUGCCAUUUGCUGACAAUAUUCAAGCUAUUCGUUCCUUCCCUCCAAUCUGGAUAGCACUCCUUGUACCUGCUGUAAUAGGACUUGUGUUUAUUGGGGCACUUUUGAGUGACAAAUUGAGUUCAUUCCAGCCCUGUUACAUCGAUGUGAUCAUGAUUGUAGUGGGGAUAUCUGGUGUAACCAAUGGUGGGAAGACCACUCUAGCUAAUGCAUUGCAUAAGGCUCUUCCCAGAUCACAUCUACUGUGUCAGGACACUUAUUUUUGGCACAAAGAUAGUGGUCACCAUGUUUUGAUUCCAGAAGUAAAUCAUUUUAAUUGGGAAAUUAUGUCCAGCUUGGAUAUGGAUAGAAUGUGGAAAGACAUUAAUAAUAUUUUAAAUGGUGAGCAUCUACAUAGGAAUAUCUCACCUAAUGAUGGGGAACCUAAUACAAUUCAAGGAUGUGAAGUAAUUAAAAAUGUAGACGAUUUUGAGAUACUAAAAAAUGUUGAUGUUCUGAUCAUAGAAGGAUUUUUAGUUUUGAAUUACAAGCCCAUUGUUGACAUUUGCAAUCUAAAAUAUCAUUUAACUCUGGCAAAGGAUGAAUGUGUUAAACGUAGAAAUGCUCGUACAUAUGAUCCUCCUGAUGUCCCUGGAUAUUUUGAAUUGUGUGUGUGGCCAGAGUAUGUGAAGCACAAAGCAGAAAUGUUGCAAACUGUAGGGGAUGUAAAAGUGAUAGAUGGUACCAUAGGUAUCAAUUCUAUUUUUUGUGAGGUUGUAAAUGACAUAUGUGAAAAAGCUAACCAUUCGUUCACUGAACCGCGCACUUCCCGUAACACGUUACAAGUGGUUUCAAGCAUGAAGUUCUGCGACCAGAUCUACCCUACGUUAUUGCUGCAAGAUCUUUCAGAAUUACGAAAAAGUGGCGUAUUAUGUGAUGUCUCCCUUGUUGUCAAUAACGAAGAACUUUUGGUUCAUAAAUCAAUACUUGCUGCCGCAUCUCCUUACUUUAGAGCAAUGUUUAGUACUGAAAUGAAGGAGGCAAAUCAAGAAAAAAUAUUCCUUCAAGAAAGCGAGUUCAGUGCUCUCAAAGACAUAGUUAAUUUUAUUUAUACUGCAGAAAUAAAGAUAGAUGAAGAGAAUGUUUAUUCAAUUCUUGAGCUGUCAGACUUACUUCAGAUUUCAUCUCUGCGUCCUGCCUGCUCUUAUUAUUUGUCCUCUACCCUUAGUCCCGCAAAUUGUCUUUCCGUAUAUGUCACUGCCGAAUUACGUGGGUACCAUGAUCUUGCUGACACAGCUUUUAAAUAUGCCUUACAUCACUUCUCUGCUGUUAUAGCAGAAGAAGAAUUCCUUCAUGUUCCUGUAGAUGUUUUGAAAUCAGUUCUUGACUCACAAAUGGUUAAUGUUAAGAAUGAAGGUGAACUUCUGAAGGGUGUUGUUCAAUGGUAUAAAUAUGAUUUGAGUCGUGCUGAAUACCUUAAAUGUUUGGUAACCAAAAUUAACCUUCGGGCUGUCCCUAUGGAAAUACUAUUGCGUGUGAAGACAGAACCUGAAGUCAGCAACACUGUCUUAUACCCAUCUAUUGCACAGACAGUCAAUGAAAUUUUGGCCCAAAGGUAUGAUAAUGUUUGUCGACAAAGAUUUUGGAAGAAUAACACAGAAAAUCAAACAGAAGGUAGACAUGCUGUAGAAGAAGAAGUUAUUUUUACGUUUGGAGGCCAGUGUGAAGGAGCAGUUUGGGCUAGUGGAGAAUGUUUUACUGCCAGCUAUGAAAGUUGGCGUUGUGUUGUACCCAGAAUUGCCCCAACAUCUGGUGCAGAAGAUGAAACUCGAGUCAUACCAUCAAUGAAUCAUGGGCGUUACUAUUUUGCUGUGGCAACAACAGAAUACAAAAUGUUUGUUAUAGGUGGAAAAGACAAUUCAUCUGCACUUAACUCUGUUGAAUGUUAUGACAUUCAGAGCAAUUCUUGGCAAGAAAUGGAACCAUUGCCGGAGCCUCUAUUUGGUUCUGGAGCUGCCUUAGUAGAAAGGCAGCUUGUGGUGGUUGGAGGGUUUUCUGAUAGUCAAUGUGAACGAAGAGUAUGGGCAUAUAGGGAACCUCAGAAAAACUGGUGUGAAGUGGCUUCAAUGCAUAAAUAUCGAGCUCAUCAUGGUGUUGCAUGUGUUGCAGGUCGAUUGUAUGCUAUAGGUGGCAUUGGUGGUGCCACUGGGUCCAGCACUGACACACUUAGUUGUGUAGAGUGUUACAGUCCUCAAACAGAUCGUUGGCACUUUCUUGCUCCAAUGCAUGAAGCACGUUCUCGCUUUGGUUGUGCUGCUAUCAAUGAAUUCAUUUACGCUUUAGGCGGAACAGCAGAUAAUAUUUGGCUAAAAAGUGUUGAAAGGUUUAAUACUCUUACAAAUGAUUGGAGUUAUCUGCGUUCAAUGGGUGUUCCUCGGUGUGACUUUGCGAUGACCAUGGUGAAAGAUCGCAUUUACUGCUUAGGUGGUAAUGACAGUGUGCAUCUACUAAGCACCGCAGAAAAAUACAACACACGAACAGACAGGUGGCAUUGCAUGCACUCCUUGCAGGUGGUUCGGUGUGGUGCUGCAGCUGCCACUCUUUUUGUGCCCAGUUUCAAUCCUUUUGUGUCAGAGUACCUGGUGCGCUAGCAGUCACCCGAGGCAGCACCACGCUCACGGAGAGCCACUGUGCCUGCAGCUGAAAGGCCUGAACGCCGCCCUCCUCUCUGGUGGCCUGUCUGAGCUGCACUGGUGCCUGCCUCUAAGCACAAUAUGCUGGUGUCUGCCUCUGGGCUGUCUUUCAUUUAGUUCUCAUAUGAGAAUAUACAAACACAUCCAUCCUUCCAUCAGGAUAAUGAAUUGGGCAGCAUUUGACUAUCUACAACUUGUGCCAGGAGUUAUGACUAUAUUCAGAAAUGUGUGUCUGUUAUGGUGCUUUGUAAAGAGUUGGCCUAUAAGCAUAAAAUGAGCAAUGUUUAAUUUUGUGUGCAUAGUGCUCUUGAAACAGACUUUGGUGUUUGUUUCUGGAUUCUGAAAACAAGACUUCUACUGAGUUUAAACUGGAAUUGUAGCAACUGCUUACACAAAACAAGGUAUAAGUAAUUUUAAAUUUAUAUACAGUUGAGCAUACUUUUUAUUACAUUACAAAUGACAGUAAAAAACAUGCAUAUAUCAUAAAUGUAUAUGAAGCAUGUUAGUACUUGGUUAAUUAGUGAUUAGUUUCCUGGUGCUUAUGUGACUAAUGUUUUGUUGUUAAUGCACAGAUAAUUACUGCCAUGCACAGAAAUGCAAUAUAAAUGUUCUUAGCAACAGUUUAAAGUAUUUCCUACUUUAAAAAGUUCCCAUAUGUAACAAAGUGGGUUAUAUAAGUCAUCUUUCCCCAAGUCUUAUUGUAAGAAAAUGUACUAUUGUGAAAGAUUAGCAAUAUUGGGUGUGCAAUGUUCUUCAUAAUUUCCACCUUUCAAAAGAAUUAUGACUUAAAUACAGAAGCAAGAUUGUAGUAAAUGACUGUUAAUCUUGAUAUCUGCAAUAGUUUUUCAUUACAACCUUUGAAUUGUUAGAUGUGGUAGAUACCACAUGUAAUUUAAAUUUUAUUGUUUUUGAAAUAAUAUAUUUGAUUCUAAAAAUAAAAAUAAAUUUAUUUCAUAUUAUUUUUUAGUGCAGAGUAUCAAGAGUGGAAUGAGUUUGACUGAUUUCAAUAUCUGAAAUGUUUUUCAAAAAUAUUCUUAAAUUUAAUUGAAAUGAAUGAGAUAUAACAUAGCAUUUAGAUUAAAUUGUGUGAAACAGGUUUUAAAACUUCUCAUUUCAAAUGUAUGCAUUUCGGUGUCUAAAAGCAAAUUAAAGUUCAAAAAAACUUCAAGUUAGAUGAUAAAAUGAAAAUUUACUUGGAAAUAUUUGAAGAUUUUCAAAAUCGAAGACAAAUGGAAGACAUUAUUAUUUAAUAUUUUUAAUAUGUUGCAUUUUUUAACUGUGAUUUUCAGUGCAAUGUAUUUUUGAAAUAUUGCUUAAUGUAAUGAACCAAUUAAAAUUUACACCAGGGUUGGAAAUUAAUAUUGCACAGAAAGUUUUGUAAAGAACAAAUGGUAUGUGAAGUCCUAGAUAAUUAAUAUUUAAGCCAAAUUGAGUUUUGUUAAUGGGUGUUGUUUUAUUGGGUCAUGCCUUAGUGAGUGUAGAAUGUAAAGAAUUUGAGGUGUGUUACUUGGCUUUCUGGGCAAUUAAGAAUUACUGUUGGGGAUUUGCCAAUGAUUUUAUAUUAUUAUAAUUAAUACUUUGUGGUUUGCCUUUGCCCUUCUUGCCAUGGACUCCCAUGCCAUUGUCAGAAUUUAAACAGCCAAUCCUUCCAAAGUGCAACAAUCAUUUUGCUAUACCUGAUUUAAAUUAUUAUUCAGUAAACAUUCAUGACUUUUGUAUUAAAAUUAUUCUAUUAAUUUUUAAUUGUAAGACUUAUCAUUAAUGAUGUUCUUUCAUAAUCAAUGAAAUAUAUUUCGCAAAAGCAUUUUAUGCUAUCUUAUGUUGUCAGAAAUUAAUAAUCUCUUCAAAUUUAUGGAGAUUAGACCUGUCUAGUAAUUCUAUUUGUUAAGACAACUCUGGUAGUGCAAGUAAUAUUUUGUGUAGAAAAAUUAAUUUCAGUUUCAAUGAAUUUUCCUUCCAAUUUUAUAAAAAUUCUUUUUAUGAUUUUUUUAAAGUGGGAUGUUUUGAGAGCAAAAUAAAUUUUUGUGUUGUGGGUAAAGUGCAAUAAGUUUAUUAUUCUAGAAAGAAAACUAAAAUGUGGUGAAGUUAUGUUUUUGUUGCAAGAAUUUCUUAUUCUAAAAUACAUUGUAUGUGUUUCGUUCGCUCCAUGAAACAUCUAAUAAUAAUUAAAUUUUAGUGUCUUAGAACAGAGAAAUAUACUUAAAUUGUGCUUUAUAGCAGAUGAAUGAAUGCUAUUCUGAGAAAAGCUUUUAAGACUGUCCAAAAAUUCGUAGGGCACUACAUCCACACAAUAAUUCUACUUCUUUCUGUAUUUAUUAAGGAGGAUUAAUUUAUCUGAAAUUUUUAACACAUGUUGCAAAAACAUAGCAAGUUGAAAUUUUAAGUUUGUUUUUAUGAAGAAAACGGUGAAAAUAUUUUAUAGCUCAAUGAGCCAGACUCUCUUAUAUAUUAUGCUUAAAAUUAUAAAGCUUGAAUGAGUUCCAUGGAAAAAUAUUUCCACCUAAUUAUUUUUAUUUCAUUAUGAAUCCUUGAAUAUUAUUGUUAUUGUAUUUAUCGUUCAUAUGAACUUGUAUAUAGUAUAUAUAUAUGUUGAUCAUGGGCACACAGAUCUCUUAGGCAGUUGUUGAUAUUGCUUACUAAAUAAUGUAAAAAAUCAUUGACCAGGAGACCAUUCUCAUUAUUGUUGAUGACACAAAUUAUCACUGCCACAGCAUGUUGUACUGUUUUCACAUAUUGUGAAUUUUUUUGGAUAAGGAUUAAUAAAGCUUGAUUGUUUAUGAUCUUACAGACUACGAUUAUUCAGCAAUAUAAAGAAGUGCUCUUCAAAUUGAGAUAUCUGAAAAUCUUGUGUAAGGAUUUUCAAGGUUUUCAUUGAUGUGGAGAUGAAAUUAUUUAUCUUGUUAAAUGUAAUUGAAGUAACAUCAUUGGAGGCACAUCAAUGUGGAGACUUAGUUUGGAGUUGCAUUUGUUUUUUUCAGCAACUUUUUAUAUAUAAUGUGUAGUAAUCAUAUGAUCAUAGGGUUGCUGGGAUAACUCUUGAAGCAUUUCUUGUUAGUGUUACUUGUUACAACCAUUAUCUUUAUCAUUGUUUUUCAUCUUAAAUCUUUUAUAUAUAUGUAUUAAGUGUGAAUGUAUAGCAUAUGUACUUUUACUGGUUUCAAAGUUGUCUAACUUUUAUAAUACAAAUUUAAUUGAAGGAAGAUCUACAUAUGGAAGACCUUUCAGACUGAUGUCUUUCUAGUCAUUUGAGUUUCAGCUGGUAGGAACAAUUACAAGUAGUCAGCCAUACUUUGUGGUAUAGAAAUCAGCUAUACUUUGUGGUAUUUUGGGUUUGAUAUUAGGUGUUGAAUAGUAACUUGUUGUAGUAGAGAAGUUUUAGUUAUUGAAUGCAGAAGUACUAAUUUGUGUUAUGAAACUGUCAUUCCUACCUCUUGCCCAUGGAUUUGCAGAUGUUUAGUGCGAGGUUUAAAAGUUCAAGAUAUAAUGCCUGCUGUUUUUUCUCAUCGAGAAUUCUUUUGUAUAGGCAGCUACAUUUUUGAUUUUCUAUAAAUGUAUUUUUGAAAGCAUUAAAAGAAGUAUUGUUGUGAAGAAGAAAUAAAUAUGUCAUACAAAACUGAAAUUCAGCAGUUUUCUUUUCUUUCCACAGAGAAGUAAACUCAAAUAUUUGUUCCCAAUUUCUCAGAAUGCAAAUAUUUGCAAAUGUUUUGUAACGU